UGGCUAAAUAAACCAAAUACAAAUAGAAAUAUCUGGAUCUGGGCGACGUUCUUCCCCAGUUCUCCUUCUCAAAUCCCUAGAUCGACCCCUAGAUACAGGCUGGGUCUUGACAAUCCCCUCCCGGUUCUUCUCUGAUUUAUCGUCCCCGUCUCUCCCUCUCCCCGAUCCAUGGUGGGAUCCUCCGUCGUGUACACGUCCUGCAGGCCUUCGUCGUGUACACGUCCUGCAUCCUUCCUCCACCACCCAGCCGACCAGGCCCAUCUCGGUGACCAGCCCGGGCUGCUCCCCGACGGCAGUGGUGACGGCAACUCCUCUCAUCUGAAAGGGUGCGGGGAGAGGUGUGUGGGCGCCGAGAUGUUUGCGACGGUUGCGCGGUGGGCGGAGAAGAAAGGGAAGCCCAAGAUGGCGCCGAUCGAGCUCACGACAACGGCGGAGCAGGCGCAGUCCAUCACCCGCACCAUCUUCGAUGUCGUCAAGGAGCACGGGCCCCUCACCAUCUCCGACGUUUGGGAGCACGUCACGGAUGUAGGCCCGAGGGGUUUGACAAGCAAGAGGCAGAUGAAGAUCAUGCUGCGGUGGAUGAGGGAGAAGCAGAAGCUCAGGCUCAUUUCUGACCAUGAUGGGCCUCACAAGCAAUUCCUCUACACGACAUGGUUCACCAACCCCAAGAAUGCGCCACAGAGGCCCAAGAGGGAGCUCAACAGGGAGAGCCUAGUGGCGGCGUGGACGAGACGGAGGAAGCGGUGUAUGAGGUGGUGCUGCGGCAGGCCGCGAAUGGUGGAGCACGUGUAGGGGCGGAGAGCAAGGCGUGGCACACGGCGCCGGUGUUGAUGCAGGUAGUGGACAUCGUGAGGAUCCCGCCGCUGGCGGUCCGCCACGGCAUGCCAGGCGGCAGGGUCGAGCGGUACUCCCUGGUGCUGUCCGACGGCCUGCACACAAUGGAGAUCAAGCUCAUCACGCCCCUAAGGCAUCUCGUCAGGGACGGCUGUGUCCGCCAGGCCUCCGUCGUGCGCCUCCUCUGGUACUGCAUCAUCUUUGGGAGUAAUAGGUUAACGAAACACACGGCUGCAGGGCACCAUGCUAUAAGUCGUUCCAUCUACUGGACUCCAAGUGAUGGCUCUCCAUUCAGAUGUAUUCAGUGGUUUGGCUAUUGUGGUCCCAUACCUGAAUCGUGCGUCCUGUCUACCUGCCUUGUUGUCAUCAACAUAGUUGGGUUCAAGAUUUCACAGACCUGAAUUGUCACCAAAAAGCACCUGUCAAUUACAUGCAGUAUCUUAGAAAAAUCUUCUUGAAAAUUGUUGAGGUUAAGCGUUAGUCUGAUGGCGCUGGUUUACCAUGUGACUGCAGUUACUGUACACAUUUUAAUUAUUUUGCUAGCCUUUUUCAAAAUAUUUCUCAAAGUAACUUGAUGCAACCUGACCUUCAUCAUUGCAGGGACCACUGUUAUUAUUAGUGGACCUGGUAUCGGCAUCCUAGUACAGUUUGACAAGGUCCACCUUCCCUUCCACUACCACAUGCAUACCUCUAUGAGCAGAACUCGUCAAUCGAAUUGAUGUUCUGCAACUGCAAUCAAUCACCAGUAAGCAUCAUCUAGGUGUUUUGAUCCUGUGUGCAUGGUCAUGUUAUUGUUUCAGUUAGUGUGCCACGCGUUGGAUAAGCAUGUCAAGAGCAGGGUGUACUUCAAGAGGUGAUCAAUGCAGACUACCACGACCCGGUGGGCGUCGUGCUCUUCAACAACUCGGAGGCGGACUUUGACAUGAAGCCCGGUGACCGCGUCACACAGAUGAUUGUCUAGGUGAUUGCAAUACUGGAGGUCGUCAAGGUGGAGGACCUUGACGUCACCGUCCGAAGGUCGUCGAGACGAAGGACCUCAACGCCACCAUCUCGAGGUUGCCGAGGUGGAGGACCUCGACACCACCGUCUCGAGGUUGCCGAGGUGAAGGACCUCGAUGGCUUGGUAGAUACAUUUAGAGAAGUAGUCAUGUUAGGUUGGUGGUGGAAUGCUAGGGAAGGUACCCACCUUUCGGUGACUGUUGUGUGCAUCUGAUGUAUAAAUGAUAUCUCGUGAUCUUUUUGAGUUGAGAUGUUCAAUGUUGUAUCCAUGAAUGCUGCAAGUGCU